AUGGCUAGGAAGCAGGGAGCAGAGAACCUACUUACAGCAGGAAGCCUGGCUCCUGCCCUUGACCCUGGCUCUGACUUGCUCGAUGACCUUGGGGAACUCCUUCAGACCUCCCCAGGCUGCUCUGUGGGCCCUCUGGCUCAGCUUUGGCAGAUUCCUGGCUCCAAGCCGGUCAUUGAGAACACAAUGCCAACUUCCCCCAAGGAGGCGCCCUCAGAGCCUACGCCCGCAGCCAAACACGGAUGUGACGCUGGAGCCAGGGCCUGUGCUGAUACCCAGGCAGCUCUGACAUCAAGGUCCUGGGACCUAAACCUUGCCUUCUGGGAGAAGCAUUCUGAUGCUGCAGAACUUGGAAGGAUGCUUCAGCUCAUUUUAGGCUGUGCUGUGAACUGUGAACAGAAGCAAGAGUAUAUACAAGCCAUUAUGAUGGUGGAGGAAUCUGUUCAACAUGUUGUCAUGACAGCCAUUCAAGAGUUGAUGAGCAAGGAAUCCCCCGUGUCUGUAGGAAAUGAUGCCUAUGUUGACCUGGAUCGUCAGUUAAAGAAAACUACAGAGGAGCUAAAUGAAGCUUUGUCGGCAAAAGAAGAAAUUGCUCAAAGAUGCCAUGAAUUGGAUAUGCAGGUUGCAGCAUUGCAAGAAGAGAAAAGUAGUUUAUUGGCAGAGAAUCAGAUAUUAAUGGAAAGACUCAAUCAGUCUGAUUCUAUAGAAGAUCCUAAUAGCCCAGCAGGAAGAAGGCACUUACAGCUCCAAACUCAAUUAGAACAACUUCAAGAAGAAACAUUCAGACUUGAAGCAGCCAAAGAUGAUUACCAAAUACGCUGUGAAGAGUUGGAAAAAGAGAUCUCUGAACUUCGGCAACAGAAUGAAGAACUGACCACUUUGGCAGAUGAAGCUCAGUCCCUAAAAGAUGAAAUAGAUGUUCUUAGACAUUCUUCUGAUAAAGUGGCUAAACUGGAAGGCCAAGUGGAUUCAUAUAAAAAGAAGCUAGAAGAACUUGGUGAUUUGAGGCGGCAAGUUAAGCUCUUAGAAGAGAAGAAUACUAUGUAUAUGCAGAACACUGUCAGUUUAGAAGAAGAGUUAAGAAAAGCAAAUGCAGCACGAAGUCAGCUUGAGACGUAUAAAAGACAGGUUGUAGAACUGCAAAGUAGAUUAUCUGAAGAAUCAAAGAAAGCAGAUAAAUUAGAUUUUGAAUAUAAGCGACUGAAAGAAAAAGUUGAUGGUCUUCAAAAAGAAAAGGAGAGGUUAAGAACAGAAAGAGAUUCUCUGAAGGAAACCAUUGAGGAGCUCCGCUGUGUGCAGGCCCAAGAAGGGCAGCUCACAACUCAAGGGUUGAUGCCUCUGGGAAGUCAGGAGUCCUCAGACAGUCUGGCAGCAGAGAUAGUUACUCCUGAAAUCAGGGAGAAACUUACUCGUCUUCAGCAUGAGAAUAAGAUGUUAAAAAUUAACCAAGAGGGUUCAGACAAUGAAAAAAUUGCCUUGUUGCAGAGCCUUCUAGAUGAUGCAAAUCUCCGCAAGAAUGAACUGGAAACGGAAAACAGGCUGGUGAAUCAAAGGCUUUUGGAAGUACAGUCACAGGUUGAAGAACUGCAGAAGUCUUUACAAGAUCAAGGCUCAAAAGCAGAAGAUUCAAUUCUUCUAAAAAAGAAGCUUGAAGAACAUCUAGAGAAACUUCAUGAAGCCAAUAAUGAAUUGCAGAAGAAGAGAGCCAUUAUUGAAGAUCUUGAGCCAAGAUUUAACAAUAGCUCAUUAAGAAUUGAAGAAUUACAAGAAGCUCUACGGAAGAAAGAGGAAGAAAUGAAGCAAAUGGAAGAACGCUAUAAAAAAUACUUAGAGAAAGCCAAAAGUGUUAUUCGUACUUUAGAUCCUAAACAGAAUCAAGGAGCAGCCCCAGAAAUACAAGCUCUUAAAAACCAGCUCCAGGAAAAAGACCGACUGUUCCAUUCAUUAGAGAAAGAAUAUGAAAAAACGAAGAGUCAAAGAGAGAUGGAGGAGAAGUAUAUUGUUAGUGCCUGGUACAAUAUGGGAAUGACUCUACAUAAAAAAGCGGCUGAAGAUAGACUUGCUAGUACAGGCUCGGGGCAGUCAUUUCUGGCUAGGCAGAGACAGGCAACCAGCACAAGAAGAUCUUAUCCUGGCCAUGUUCAACCAGCCACAACAAGGUAG